AUGCCUGACGGUUGCGUCCGCGAAAAAGGCGCGAUGCGGCCGGGCGACGCGCAUUCUUCCUCUUCUGGUGACUCUUGCUCCUCGCCUGCGUCGUGUGCGUCGAGUUAUUCGGCUGCUCCCGCAGCGUCUGCCGCGGCUCUCCUGAGGCCGUUAGCCGGCGAGAGCGUGCCUUCCUCGCGGGUUGCAGCGGCGCACGUAGAGAAGCUGCUCAGGGGGAUCUCGUUGUGUGCGGUCUUCCAGGUGUCUCUUCUGCGCGCGCCUGCGUGGCUGACAAAUGAGCAGGCGCUGCUACGCCGCCUGCUUUACAAAUUCAAGCGACAGCACCGCCGCGCAGACUUCUUUCAAAAGGCGCAAGGCGUCAGUCGUGCCGUGCCGCCGCUUCUCGCACUCGCCCUCCCCCUAGCCUCGCUGUCCGCGACAGCGCCUGCAGCAUCCGCGUCCUCCGCCUCUGGGCUCGACGUGCUGAUUGCCGCCGACGCCUUUUUCGAUGUCGCCGCGCGCAAAGCCGACAGCUGGCGGGCGGCGCUGCGGAGGCGCGCCCUCGCCAGCGACGACUCGGGUGCGUGUGAGGCGAGGCGAUGCGACGCAGCCACCGGCGCCCGCGCGCGUGACUUAGAAGUGUCGGCAUCCCUCGUGUUUUUCUCGCUCUACGCGCAGGAGCUGCUCGCGCGCGCGCUGCGCUUGCAAGAGGCGGCCGUGCACGCGACGUCUGCGGCAGUUCAGCAGAUUCACCUCGGCUUCCACCUGAACUUCGUGCUGCCGCUGGUGUCGAUUUUCGCGCGCGUUCUCUCCGUCGUCUCGGCGCUUGUGUCCGCGGCCGAAGUGCAUCUGAAGCAGACGCCGCAGCUGCUGCGUCCUGAUUUGUCUUUCGCCCAGCUGCCUGCGCGCCAGCCGGUCCCACAGGUCGGCGCGGCGCGGCUGAUGCCUCUCGAGGGACGACGGGCGAGCGGCGCCGUCGACGAGCACGAAGGCCUACGCACUGUCCCCACUGCGGCAGCUGCAGAAGCGACGCGAAGCGAAGUACUCCAAGCGAAGAAAGAUGCGCGCGCGUCGGUCGGCUCGCAGAGCGCAGAGCAGGCCGCAGCGAGAGGCUGUGGCGGCGAGCCGUCGGAGCCCACAGCUGCACCAGAACAAACCCGCAAAGCAGAGGGCGAGGCGAUCAGCGCCGCGCAGGUGUGCGCAGGAGAGACAGCGGCAGCUCCAGAGGAGGAUCGAGGGAGGCAGCGAGGAGCCGACGCAGAGGGAGAGGUGGACGAAGAGGGGAGCUCGGCGCCGCGGCGGCAGAACGACGCGGAGAGGGAGCGAGGCGACUCGGAAGCGACGCGCGCCGGCGCCGACGGAGAGGUGCAGGCAGGCGACACGAGCGCGGAUUUCCCGAGGGACGAAGAUGACGAAGAGACCGCAGAAGACCGAGUGCGAGAGACUGAUGACGACGAGGCGGAAGGAGCAGCAGCUGCGCAUCAGAAAAGCGAAGCCGCGCCAGAGUUGAAAGAAGGAGCGACCUCAUGCCGCGAGGAGAGCGACGGAGAGAAGGCUGUGGCCGCUGACGAGGACAAUGUAGGGGACGAGCGUCUCGAUUCAGGUCUCGACGGCGAAGAGGUUGCAGCCGAUCCGCGGAGGCUCUCGGCAGAACGAGAAGAAGAGCCGUUCGAGCGAGUUGCCACGACGCAGAAGACUGGAGAGGUCAAGAAAGAUCUGCGGGCACGGACGGAGUGUGAGAGGGACGAAGAGUGCCUCUCUUUUCUCUUGCCUGGGAAAUCCAAGAACGCCAAGAAAAAGUCGGCGCGAACGGCUGUCGACCGCACCGAGAGUCUUCUCGCGUUUCUUCUGUCGGAGAAGCCGAGGAAGAAAAAAAGGUCGCUUCUGCAGAGCGGGUCGCAGGUCGAGGCGCCGGCGUUUCCUGCCGUCGCCGCCAAGAAGGGGGGCGAAGCAUGUCUGCGGAAGAAAAAGAGGAAGACGCGCGUCACGGUGGAUUCGGGGGAGGCGGGGGAGACGACGACGCUUGUCCGCGAGGCGAACAUCGCGACGCGUGCGUCGCCGCCUCUGUCGGACUCCAAGGCCAGCCUGCGAGAAAUCGAGUCGAUGUUUGAAGCAGUAGAAGGCCGGGCGCGCGUGGGAGGCGCUUCCGUCGUCUCAGGAACCCAGACGGUGCCUGCGGAAAAGGACGUAGAGAAAACGCGCCUGCUCAGACAAGCGGCGAUCGAGCUGGCGAGAAGACACGCGACCUCAAAGGGUAACCCGAGUGACUCCGGGGUCGGCAGACAGAAACCCAAAACUGCCAUCCAAGGCGCGGCGGUAUCCGCGCGCCCGCCUGGCGCCUGGCUGAGUGCAGGCGGUGCAGGCGGGGCGACGAAGACGAAGCAGACUCGAUCGACGGCCUUCGAUUUGGGGGCGGAAGACGCGAGGCCGAAGAGCGCUGGGCCUGUCGCGCCGGGGUCGAAGGGGCCCAAGAAGAAGAGAAAACGACCUGGACAGAGCGGGAAGAUGCUUUUUGACGCAGCCGAGCCGAGCAUGCAGAACGUGGCUGCACCUUUGCUGCUCGGAGGCGAGACCGCGACGGCAGCAGGUCAGCGAGAAAUUUCCUCAAUCUUCCAAGAGGUGGAGGCGAAGCUGCGCGCGCCUCCUCUCCCCCAUGGCGAAGGAAACGGCCCGCGCCCGACAGAUCACGCGUCGCGGCACCAGCCCCUGCAGCUUUCGAAGAAGCAGAAAAAGCUCUUGAAGAUGUCACAAGCGAUAUCGACAGGCAUGACAUCCAUCGCACUGCCCUCGGGCGGAUGCAGUGAUGAAGGCCGCCAGCGUCCAGGCGCCGAGGGAACUGCGCUGCCGGCGUCGAAGGGUUCCGCAACGCUCACUGAGCCGCGUCAAGUCUGUGCCGAUCACAGAAAGCAGAACACAAUGUCGGCGCUGCUGCCGCCCAGCUCCGAGGCGAACGCGCAGCAGGGGGGGAGACAUGUGGACGUGGACGCGGCGCUGUCAGAUAGGAAGAAGCAGAAGAAAUUGAAAAAGGCGUUUCUCGUCGCCGGCGCGGCGGAUAAAUGGUUCACUGGGAAUGGAAAACAGAGGGAAGUCCCGAAGAGGACAGUCCAUCAAGAAAUGAGUGAAGGGAGUGCGGUAAGAGUUGACAAAUCGAUGUUUCCUGUGCGAGGGACAAGUGCGGCCGGCGGCGCAGUGUGCACACCGCUGCGGCUUGGAGAGCCGGCGCAGUCGAAAAAGGAAAAUAAAAAACGGCCUCGACCGCCGACAGACUGUUAG